UUACUACAUCCACCCUCUCUGCCACCGCAUCUUCUCAGUUUUCAAACAGGUUAUAGACCACGACGAUACCAUUGGACGUGAUUCCUCAAACCUUAUCGGAAGACUUUUUUUUGAGUUUCGCUACAUUAGUUUUGUGUGUUAAGUUCAAAACCAAGAAACCAGCUAUUCUGCUAUGGCAAAAGGAGAAGGAGGUGAACAAUACUCCAACGCCAGUUUAUUGAAUAAACCGGUCAGCUCCGAUGGCAUCAAGCUCGCCAGGAAGCACGAGCAUCGGAACAGGCUGUCAAUCUGCAACAAGUUGAGCUAUGCUAUUGGUGGGGCACCGUACCAGAUCACAGGAUGUGCCCUGGGCUUUUUUCUGCAGAUUUACCUACUGGAUGUAGCUCAGCUGGAUCCUUUCUAUGCCUCAAUCAUCCUGUUUGUGGGCCGAGCAUGGGACGCAGUAACUGACCCCACAGUGGGAUUCCUGGUCUCACGAAGCCCAUGGACACGCUUCGGACGCAUGCUGCCCUGGAUCCUGCUCUCAACUCCUCUGGCUGUGCUUUCCUACUUCCUUAUAUGGUAUGUUCCUCCCUUUGAGAAUGGCAAAGUCAUCUGGUACCUUUUCUUCUACUGCCUCUUCCAGACCCUUCAAACAUGCUUCCAUGUGCCAUACUCUGCCCUCACCAUGUUCAUCAGCUCAGAGCAGAAGGAGAGAGACUCAGCCACUGCAUACAGAAUGACGGUGGAGGUUCUGGGCACCGUGCUCGGCACCGCUAUCCAAGGACAGAUAGUUGGCAUGGCUAACGCGCCCUGCCUUCCAGGACCCGGUGACAUCGUGGCAGACUUGAACCACACGACUAAUGCCGCUGGACUUAAUGACUCAGAGCCUGUCAUUUCCCUGGAGCACACGAAAGCAGCCUACAUGAUUGCCUCAGGUGUCAUCUGCUUGAUUUAUGUCCUCUGUGCUCUUGUUCUGUUCUUCGGUGUGAGAGAGAAAAAAGAGUCUUGUCGUCCCAGGUCAGAACCCAUGUCUUUCCUCCAGGGUAUUAGGCUGGUGAUGGGGCAUGGACCGUAUGCCAAACUGGUCAUGGUCUUCCUCUUUACCUCACUGGCUUUCAUGCUCCUGGAGGGAAACUUCGCUCUGUUCUGCAGCUCCACACUAGGCUUCAGAAACAACUUCCAGAAUAUUCUGCUGGCCAUCAUGCUUUCCGCUACCCUGGCCAUCCCCUUCUGGCAGUGGUUUCUCACUCGCUUUGGGAAAAAGACGGCAGUUUACACUGGCACCUUGUCUGUGGUCCCCUUCAUGGUCCUGGUGGUGUGUAUUAAGAGCAACCUUAUUGUUACCUACGUCGUCUCCUUUGCAUCUGGGGUCGGAGUGGCCGCAGCCUUCCUGCUGCCCUGGUCCAUGCUGCCUGACGUUGUCGACGAUUUCCAAGUGCAAAACCCAGACUCCACUGGCCACGAAGCUCUUUUUUAUUCCUUCUACGUUUUCUUCACCAAGUUCGCCUCUGGAGUUUCCCUGGGCAUCUCCACUCUCAGUUUAGAUUUCGCAGGCUACAUCACCAGAGGCUGCUCGCAACCAGAGGAAGUGCAUUUGACCUUGAAAAUACUGGUUUCCGCUGCCCCCAUCGCUCUCAUCAUCAUCGGCCUGGUCAUAUUGUACUUUUAUCCGAUCAAUGAGGAGAGGAGGCAAGGCAACCGUAAACUGCUACAGGAGCAGAGGGACAAUGAGACAGACUCAGAGACAGACUCAACAGAGCUUGCCAAUGUUGUCUAGGAUAAUUUUUGAAGACCCACGGACCAAUUGGGUGAUCGACUGGCAUUUUGCACUAGGCAGGACCAACGGACCCGGGCCUGUCGGAUCAUAUGAGACACUGCCUUGUCCAAUCGCGCUGCUGCAGCUCCACGUCUCCAAAAAUAUGGCUUCAGCCACACUGAGACCUUUGAAAAAACAAACAUCCUACCGUCCACAUUUGUGACGUUUUCUCAACAUGAAAUUCACUUCCCUCUUUCGUUCAGUUCAGAUCUCAAAAGCCUUACUAUUUGUAUAAACACACAACUUUUGAGUACAGUGGAAACAACCUCUUGUUAGAGGUUGGUCUCGAUUUCCAUUAAUACUGCACGAAACUAUGAAAUGUGAUGGGAUUAUGUUUUGUCAGCAUGGCCAUUAUUGGUGCUACUUGCUGGAACACUUUCCAUCCUCUUACAUACCACAACGAACACUAGUGACCUUGAGCACUGCGUUGAAAACAACUUCAUAGUAUAGAUGUAAACAUUGUAAGAACAUCAUAAGAAACUUGAACCAACAGUGAUAAUGCCUUAAUUUCAGCCCCUGUUUUGAGGGUUAAAAAUUCAUAACUGAUACACUUGUCAGUCACUUGCUCCCGAAGUCAUUGGCUUGUUGUGUAUUUUGAACAUGUUUAAAUGUGUUUUUGUAAUUUUUUACAGUUUCCCUUCAAAGUUUACCAAAACCAGUCAGCCAGUUUCCAUCUCAUUCCCAUCCCACUGGUUUUUUCUUUCUUUCUUUUUUUUUUGUGUUUUAAAAAAGCUGUAAUAAUGUGAUGUUGGAACUAGUAGCCAGACAGUAAUGGCUCAUUUUAGUUCCCCACCAUAAUAGUGAAACCACUACAUUAGUACAAGCAGUUAAUUUGCACACAUAACUGCAAUGUUUAUCCAGCAAUUGCAUUAUUUACAUUUUAUUCAUAGGCUUGCUACUGAAGACAGGAAAAGAUUCUUUUCUCUAAAUUUCCUUACUAUUUAGCAAAUCGGUUACUACAGCCGGUACUAAUUUAGUGAUAUCAUUAUUUAAAUAUUUAUUAGUUUUGAUUUUACUAGUUUUGUUUGCUGUAAAAGUCAUUAUUCUUGCAGUAUUUAAAUCUAUUUAAAGUCUGUAAGGUUUUUCCAACUGAAUUACAAUUUGAGGAAAGAUGGGAGUCAAAUUUUAAAUAAUUCACACGCCUUUUAAUGCAUGUUGCCAUUGCUACUGUCUUUGCUCCAUAUGCAUUCAAAAAGGGAAGCAUGUAAUUAUAAUUGUGGAGAAAAAAAGAAGAUUGGAAGAUGGGGAAGUGAACUUGUAGUCUCCCUUGGGUGUUUGUUUUUUUGUGAAUGUUUAUUUCUCCUUGUAUAUAGUAUGUGUGUUGAUGGAACAACCAGGAUGCUUUGUGAUCGUCUCAGUCCCUGUCACUAAAAUGAGGAUUGACAUAUUUCAUAUCUGUUGAUAUGGAAAUGUGUACACACAGUGUCAUAUGUUAUACAUACUGUUACAUCUUCGACAUGUUGUCUCUGAGUUGCCGAUGUGAAAAUGUUCAUAUUUGAUUCACUUUUUUCUUUUUCUUUUUUUGGAUUAAGUUUUCUCACUAGAGGUUCUUUGUAUCCUAAGUACUGGAUACUCUAAAUUGCCAAUAUGGUGCCAUCUUCAACACCAACCCUGUUAUAAUUGUACAUCUUGUAAAUCUCAUCCUGUUUUGUUUUGUCAGUGAACUUCUCUCAUGAUUCUUGAGGCUGUAGCCAAAUGUGUGAGCUUUAAAUCCCACAGGGACACACAGAAGCCUUGUGUACAUGCCUCCUGUGCAAAUGUAUAUACUGUAUGUAAACCUGUAAAUAUCUUUGAUAUUUGUGGCUGUAAGUGAAAUGAACGUAUGUACAUUGUACUGUAGUUAUUUAAGGAAAAGAUGUUGAGAUGGAGAAAGAUGUUGUUAAUAAAUACUAAUUACGUACUGUGACAGAA